AUGAUCCGUGUAGGUCCAGAGAAACGUCUCUUUGCGGCCCACGAGAGCAUCAUCAACGCAUCGCCCUACUUCAGAACCCUAUCCCAAGCACAGCCCCCAUCUAUCCCAACAACACACAUCCACCACUCAGGCAAAUACUUCAACCUUCCAGACGAACUUCCCGAAGUCCUAUCCUGCAUUCUUGAAUUCCUCUACAAAGGCGACUACUCGCCCCGUCUCCGUCACAACGCAAACAGCCAAACAUGGGAGCUAGAAGAGAACCAAAGCGAGAAAGAAGGCGAUGGCGCAAGCCCCGGCGUGACAGUAUACCAUCACGGGGCUAAAGCGGUUAUAUUACGAGAUACGGCCAUAUACUGCGCCGCUGAAAAAUAUCAACUACCAGCUCUCCAACGCCUAGCCCUCCGAAAACAAGGCUUACACACAGGAAUUCAAUGCCAUACAAUUCUAGCCAGUGCGCGAUACGCAUACGCAAACACGCCAGACAACGAGUCGAAACUGCGAGCGCAUUACCUUGCGCUGAUGAUGCGGUGUCGAAACACUUUCAAGCGUAGCGGGACUAUGCAGGCUGAGAUGGAGAAGGGUGGUACUAAGAUGUUUUUCGACUUGUUUGUUGCGAUGUGUAAUUAUAUGGAUGAGGUUUUUCCGGCCGAUGCGUCUGUUUGUAGUUCUGCUACUGUUAAACGGCAUAAGGUGUAA